CACAUCCCCAGGUGUGCCUAGCCUUUGACGAUUAUUGUGAGUCCCCAAGAGUUACCCUAGUCCCUUCCCCAAUACGCAUUCCAGCUUGUAGCUUGACUAAAGACGUUUUGUACAUGUCUAGGCACAUCUGAAGACAGUGGAAGGAGACACAAUGAGUCGAGAAGAGGUGGAAGAGGAGGCAACCAGGAUUCAGGUAAAAGGAGACUUGGAGAUGAAGAAGGAGGAGGAGAUCUGUGAGGCCGGAGAGCUUGGUCCGUUUGUGAGUACUGUGCCCACCCUGAUACCCCACAACAAGGGGAUCCGGAUUUCUGAAGCAUGGGAGUAUUUCCACCUGGCCCCUGCUUGUGCUGCUCACCAUCCCAACCAGUAUGCCACCUGCCGCCUGUGUGGCAGGCAGGUGAGCUGUGGUCCUGGGGUUAAUGUGGGCACCACCGCUCUUUGGAAGCAUCUGAAAAGCAUGCACAGGGAGGAGCUGGAGAAGAGUGGCCACUGCCAGGCGGGGCAGCGCCAGGACCCAGGGCCCCCAGGGCCCCAGCUCCCCGUGUGCAUCGAGGGAGACUGGGGCAGGUUCCUGGAGCAGGCCAGCGCCCUGGCUUUGUGGGCCAGCCAGAGGGAAAAGGAGGUGCUUAGGAGGGAGAGGGCUGUGGAGAGACGUGAGCACGCCUUGGAGGAGGUGGAAAGGGCGAUCCUGGAGAUGAAGCUGUUGUGGUAUGACCUAAUCAAUAUAAAACAUAGACAAACAAUUUAAAGAUGUUUGUAGCAUGAUAAUAAGUAUGUGUAAAAACCUAUAGGUUAACUAUAGUCAUAAAGAAGCAUUAAUAUAGGUUAAGUUACAGGACAGAGAUAGCUGCAUAAGACAAUUAUAAGGUUAAGAACUGUUAUAGGAUUGCGUAAGUAAAGCAUAACAGAAGUGACUCUAUUUUACUGCUUCUGUAAAAAAAAAAAAAGUAAAAUACCGUUUCAAGGACUGUUUCUGAGAAAUAGAAACAAAAAAGCUGUCUUCUUGAAAAAGUUAUUUUUCUGUAAUUGGCCGGCCCUUAGGAACUUACAGAGGUAAAAGCCAACCGAGCCUUCAUAGGCAGUGGCCACAGGACUGAAACGGGGAUUGGGAGAGACAGUCAGGACCCACCCGUUGCAUUGGUCACCCGGCAAAGGGAACAAACGGUCACCAUUUGCAUGGGAUAUCACCAUGGCAGAGAAAUGGCGUCACAGGCGGAGGAGAUAACUGCAUUGAAACCAGCGCGACAGGUGUGUAAUCCCCAAGUCAUCUCUCUCCACACAGCAGGGAAAACUUAAGGGGCACUCCCAGCUCUCCUGUGAACGCAAUAACCAGACCGAGGGAAUCAGGAGUGGCGCGGGACUCGCGGCGCGGAACUCCCGGCAUGGAACUCCCGGCGCGGAACUCCCGGCUACUGCUCCCACCAGUGCUGACAACUGAGGUCUCUUGCACCAGCUACCGGGGGCGUGGCUACAGGAGGGCAAGAAAAUUCGCUGGGGGAUCUCAGCCCCAAGCUCUACAAACUUAGGGUUUGCCUGAGGGAGGCAAACAGGGAGAGUGAGCCCAGAUGUUCAUGAAAACAGGGCUCCCAGGAGCAGCAGACCUGGCGUGUAGCCAGUAUUGUGGUGAGCGCCACAGGUGAGCACGGCCUGGCUUGAGGAAACACAAGACAAGGCCCUAGACACUCAGGAUUGGAGACCCGCCCAGUCUAGGAGAAAGAGCUGCUGCACAGUGAAUGGUUCCCACCUAUUGAGAGGAGAAGCUUGGCCCAGUGGGCACAGCUCCACCUACUGGAAGAGAAGUUAAUAGAACUUUAGGACUGCAUUUAUUAUUAUU